AUGAUUGCUGACAACAGGGAACGGAGCAUUGACUUUAGCCCAAACCCAUCCGGCGAACUGGAUGAGGAGGUGCUCACGCGGCUUCGCGAUGCAUUGAACAGCAAUGACCACUACAGUAAACUUAUCUUUAACAACAAUCGUCUAAGCGACGAGGCGGUUGGCAUUCUGGCCGCCAUUCUGAAGGGAUCUACCCUGAUUGAGUACCUGUCUCUUUCCUCAUGCCAGGUUCGCGACGUGGAUGUCAUGCGCAUCGCCAAUGCGCUAUGCGUGAAGAAAGCUUUGAGGCACCUGGAUUUGUCCAAUAACCCCAACAUCUCCAGCGCGGCAGCACCAGAUAUUGCGAGAGUCAUUAGAACACUGCCGUUAUUACGGGAGGUGUUAUUAAUUGGAACAGGUCUCCAGCCAGCAGGCUGCUCAAAGAUUGUCGCUGCGGCAGAGCAAAACUCAUCCUUAAAAGUGCUGGUGCUACCGUACACAGUAGGCUUCAGGAUUCUCGACAGAGUUCGAAACGUCAUUGAAAAGAGAGUCGAUGCUAAAGUAGAGGAUUUGGUGAAAGUGGAGAAGGCUGUGAAGCGGGCCGAGCCAUCGCUGACAGACUCACCUGGAACAUGUGAUCUGGGCCCGACGGUAAGCCCGUGGAAGGAAAAUAUCUUGCCAAGGCUUCUUCUGCCUCCGCUUACCCCCUCUCAGAGAGGGGGACCGAUGCCCACAGCUGAGCUAUAUUGUCCCACCAACUCCUUACGGAUGAUGGAGUUUCGUUGUUGGGCUGAUCCGGCCGUUAAGAAUGCCGCCGUCUACCUUCAUGAGCUUGACAAACGUUGCCAUCUUUUAGAAGCUCAUCGGCAGGAAAAACGAGAACGAAUUUGUGCGAAACGUGAUGUGGAAGGAAAAAAUCGUGCUGCAAACAGGCAACUACGGUAUAGUAGCUGUGACAAUUUUUCUGUUCUAUAG